AUGGAAAACAUAAGGAAGAGAGUUGAUCUCAGGUUAUUUUGUGAUGCUAAACAAGUAGUCGCUAAGCCGAACUUUAAACAUCGAACCAUAUUUACUGAAAACCUAUGUGCUAUUCACAUGAAUAAGACAAAAAUAUACUUCAAUAAACCCAUCUACGUGGGAAUGAGCAUAUUAGAUCUUUCAAAGUAUUUAAUGUAUGAUUUUCAUUAUAAUGUGAUGAAACCUAAAUAUGAUGAUAAUAUAAAACUGUUAUAUCAAGACACCGAUUCUUACAUUUAUAAUAUAAAAACUGAUCAUUUCUAUCAGGAUAUGAAAAGAAUUAUUAAUUACUUUGAUACAUCAGAUUAUAAAGAAGAUAAUGAAUAUGGUAUACCUAGAGUAAACAAGAAAGUUUUAGGUAAAAUGAAAGAUGAGAAUAAUGGUAAGAUAAUGACUAAAUUUGUGGGAUUAAGAGCAAAAAUGCAUGCCUUCAAAGUUGAGAAUAAAGAAGAAAAGAAAGCUAAAGACAUUGAGAAAUGUGUAGUUAAGAAUAAAAUAUCAUUUGAAGAUUAUAAAGACUGUUUAUUUAAUAAUAUAAAGCAAUGUAGAACAAUGAAUCUAAUUAGAAGUAAAAAGCAUAAAAUUUAUUCUAUGAAGGCAAACAAGUUAGCAUUAUCACCACAUGAUAAUAAGAGACAUAUAUUAGAAGAUGGUAUUCAUUUAUUAGCAUUAGGUCAUAAAUUUUUUCUUACAUAA